UCCCAGGAAGCCAGCACUUGUGCGAGGAUAGGAGUGGUGUGGGCCGGGGGCACCCAGUGCCGUCUCCUCAGAGCAGCUCAGACUGACUCCCCAGCCAGGACCUGCAGACCCUCAGCUCCCUGGCGUCUCAGCUUGGCCCUGGGCUCAGACGGACAGAGGAAGUGGAACUGGUGUUAGCAACACCAGUGGGACCUUUCCCUGGCAGAGCCAGGGCCCUGGGACAGACCGAGCCACGCUCCCUGCCCAGCCGGGACAGGAGCCAUGCAGGAGAAUAACUUCUUCCUGUCGGCUUUGCAGCCGGAGGCCGGCGUGUGCUCCCUGGCACUGCCCUCGGACCAGCAGCUGGACAGGAAGAGCAAGGAGGCGCCCGACGCGGAGCUGCUGAAGAGCGCCCGGGUGCAGGAGCAAGUCCGCAUGAGGAUGCUGCAGAAGAGCGGCUCUGUUCCCAGGACCAACGGACCUAGGCUUGACUACGUCGAGGUCAAAGGUGGCAGCUCCUCCCAGGGCCAGUACAGCAACACCCUGCAGAAGUCCUUCAGCUCCAGAUCCCAGACCAAUGGUUUAGACCCCAAGGGCACUCUAUACCAGCCACCAGCCAAGAAUGAGUACAGCACCACCAAGUCCAUUGGCUGGUCCUCCCGGUCAGCUGUGGACCUCACACCUCACAAGAGGAUGGCUACCAUCAGCAACGGGGGCGUGCCCCAGGGCCCAGCCUACGGUAUGAGCUACACUCUCUCGCAGGCCGCCAGCACCUCCGCGCGGCCCAAUUCCUUCCACGAGCGGAACUACCAAGCCCGGCCGAACUUCGACACCAUGUCAUUGCGGUCGCUGCGCCUGGCAGAUGGGCUGGGCAGCCCUGCAGGCAUGGAUGACCGCUACAGCAUGAUCUCGGAGCAGCUGAGCCCGGAUGCCCUCUAUAGACGCAGAAACAAUGGCAACUUCACCAGAGCCUACACCUUCGAGAGGCAGAUGAGUGCUGGCUCCAACACUGGGAUGAAGGGGCCAGGCGACUGGAUGGACAGCGUGGAGGUGCCUCAGAACCGGACCAUCCGUGCGCCCGCCAUGCGCACGCUUCAGCGCUUCCAGAGCAACAACCGCUCCCGCCUGAGCACUGGCUCCUUCAGCAGCCUCCCGGCCUCCCAGCCGGGCGUGGGGAGCUCCUACGCGGGCAUGAUUGAGCGCAGCGCCCGGGCCCCCUCUGUGCGUAGCCUGGCUGAGUCCAACCACCACCUGCAGGACCUGCGCGCCAUCGACAUGUACAACGGACACAACACGCUGACGACCCAGCUCUCCUACUCCGGCGGGUUUGACGACAUUGACCUGCCGUCAGCAGUGAAGUACCUGAUGGCCAGUGACCCCAACCUGCAGGUGCUGGGAGCCGCCUACAUCCAGCACAGGUGCUACAGCGACAGCGACGCCAAGAAGCAGGCUCGCAGCCUCCAAGCCGUGCCCAAGCUGGUGAAGCUUUUCAACCACCCCAACCAGGAGCUGCAGCGCCAUGCCACCGGCGCCAUGCGCAACCUCAUCUAUGACAAUGCCGAGAACAAGCUGGCGCUGGUGGAGGAGAAUGGCAUCUACGAGCUGAUGAGGACGCUGCGUGCGCAGGACGACGAGCUGCGCAAGAACGUCACGGGGAUCCUGUGGAAUCUCUCCUCCAGCGACACCCUAAAGGACCGGCUGGCUCGGGACACCCUGGAGCAUCUCACCGACCUGAUCCUGACCCCGCUCUCCGGCACGGGCAGCGCUGCCAUCAUCCAGCAGAACGCCUCAGAAGCAGAGAUCUUCUACAACUCCACCGGCCUCCUCAGGAACCUCAGCUCCGCCAGCCAGCAGACCCGGCAGAAGAUGCGCGAAUGCCACGGGCUGGUGGACUCCAUGAUCAAUUACAUCAACAGCGCUCUGGAGGUGGGGAAGUCAGAGGACAAGAGCGUGGAGAACGCCGUGUGCGUGCUGCGGAACCUCUCCUACCGCCUGUACGAUGAGAUGCCCCCGUCCUCGCUGCAGCGGCUGGAGGGGCACCGGCGGGACGGCACCGCUGGGACGGGGGAGCUGGUGGGCUGCUUCAGCCCCCAGGGCAGGCGAGUGCGAGAGCACCACAUGAACACAGACAUGGUGACCUUCACGGAGGUCUCCAAGGACCCCAAAGGGAUGGAGUGGCUCUGGAACCCGCAGAUCGUGGGCAUCUACAACCGGCUGCUGCAGCGGUGCGAGCUGAACAAACACACCACGGAGGCGGCCUCGGGGGCGCUGCAGAACAUCACCGCCGGAGACCGGAGGUGGGCUGGCGUGCUGAGCAGGGUGGCUUUGGAGCAGGAGCGGAUCCUGAACCCCGUGCUGGACCGAGUCCGCACGGCUGACCACCACCAGCUGCGCUCCCUGACGGGGCUGAUCCGCAAUCUGUCCCGCAACGCGCGCAACAAGGACGAGAUGUCGACCAAGGUGGUGAGCCACCUGAUUGAGAAGCUCCCCGGGGGCCUCGGCGACAAGGAGCCCCCGACCGACGUCAUCGUGAACAUCAUCGCUGUGCUGAACAACCUGGUGGUGGAGAGCCCCAUCGCCGCCCGCGACAUCGUCUACUUCGACGGCCUCCGGAAGCUCUUCUACAUCAAGAAGAAAAGGGACAGCUCGGACAGCGAGAAGUCCUCCAGAGCUGCUUCCAGCCUGCUGGCCAACAUGUGGCAAUACACCAAGCUGCACCGGGACUACAAGAUGAAGGGCUACCGGAAGGAGGAUUUCCUAGCUCUGUAGGACGAACAUCCCCGAGCGGCAGAGACGGGACUGACCAGCCCUAGCUCUCCCGAUGAAAAUUGUCCUCACAGCAGUACAGACUGUGGCUCUGCCCCAGGAAUCCCCCCUUGCUGCAGCUCCCAUUCUCCUCCAUCUAGACCAGUAGCAGCUUGGCUGGCCGGCCUCAUUUUUGCAUUCAUUACAGCUUCUUCUUCAAGCAUAUUGGGAGCCUCUCCUCCCCUGGUGACAUCGGCGCAGCCUUCGCUCCAGCAGCACUGCUCUGGGUAUGCCCCAAGGAGCAGACAAAGGACUCCGCUUGGCAGGCCAUUGGUCCUGCUUAGAGCAGGGGGUUGGACUAGAUGGCCUCCUGAGGUCCCUUCCAACCCCGAGAUUCUAGGAUUCUAUGGCACAGGAGUCCUGCCAGCACCUGUAAGGACACGAAGGGAGCUUUGCAAGGUCUUCUUGGACCUCUGGAUUACUCCUAACGCAGUAUGUCUCUAUGAUUAUUAUUCCCCGCGCACACCCACCUCCCCAUGGACUUGUAUUUUUUAAAUUAAGGAGGAUCUCAGCUCUGUCCUGGGGUCUGUGGGAUUUAAAGGGGAAGGUGUUUACACAGUGAGACAAUGGUGUCAGGAGCCCCUGGCUUCCUGGGGCUAGUGGGGCCAUACUUGUUUAGUUGUGAUGGGUUUCUGGGGCUUGUAUCCUGCUCACAAUGUAUUAGGAAGCGGGGGGGGCGGGGCAUGGUUAUGUUGUGGGCUUGUGGACCUGGGUUGAACAGAAUAUGGCAAAACAAACACAGGUCCGAGCUUUCAGAGCUACCCAGGAGCGUUAUUCACCUGACUUCUUUAGCGCUAGUUUCCCUUCACACCAGGGGCCCAACUGCAGCCAGACCCUCAUCCCAGCGACGCUUCCCCUCUGGUGCCUGUCAGAGGGUGAGCUGGCCGGCCCUAUGCCAAUCAGAGGGCAGCCCCCUCCCUAAAGCCGCUUCUGGGGGCGGGAGCGGUCGUUCUCAGCGCAGCGACACUUCUUCCACUCCCUGUGCAGGUAAGCGUGUGCUCUGCUCACAAGCGGGAAUGCCUGGUAUGUGCUGACCCUGACCCUGGCCUUGUCACGCCCCAGCACGUGUGCCUUUUGCAGGGCCACAGCUCUCGGAGAGACCUGGUCUCAUUAACUGAGUUGCUAAAGGGUCGUUUGCGUGUGGUGUAUUAAAAUCCGACUGAAGAGACAGUGUGUGGUGGGCUGGCGGGCCAAGGCCCUCCACACAGGCUGGGUUUUGUGCUCCGCGUUCCCUUUGCUGGAUGCAUCAGAGGCAGGCUGUGUUGUCGGGUGGGGUAGUGCUGCCUAUUGGGGAAAGUGGUUGCUGCAGGACCAAACCAAACACUCUGGGGAAACUUCCGUGUCUGAGCGCUUGUGCCCUUUCUCCCUGAUGUCAUAGAAAAGGCCCUGCCGUGGCUAAAGGGACUCAGUCUGAGCUGUCUGGGACCGAUUAUCCUCGCAGCUGCAGUGCGUUGCCCUAAAAUGCUUGCGCUUGCAUGGAAAACUGGCCACACCUGUAUGGUGAAGGGCUGGACUUUCUUGCUCAUUGAAGACCCUGCUGCAGGAGUGCCCCCAGCGGGUGUCCUUCCCGUAUUCCAAAUCGGAUAAUAAAAUUCUGCCCAGCUUCAGCUUCGUUUGGCUUUCUAAAAGCUGGGGCAUUGCUGGCAUAGCCCAGCUGCUGUGUCCCCGCAGAGGGGCAUGUCACUGGCUGGGGAGGUAGUUUCUGUAUUAGCUGUACAGUCUGAAGCACUUUGGGAUGAAAACUGAGUUACAAGAUCAUGAUUAAACUCCUGGCUUGACCUGUGCACUACGUUUGGUACCUUACUGGAGCUUUAAACAGCCCUCCUGGCUCCCACAC